AUGUCGACGGAACAAGAUGAGUCGUCUGAAUUGACAGACCAUACUACCGAUGGUGCGACGACGUCUCAAGCAGCCACACUACCGUUGAUUCGGGAUACCAUGACCUUACAGGAUGCCCUAGAGCAAGAGGAGGACAUGCCUUUAGACCUAGAUUAUCCCCAGCAGCGGAUAUACUUCUUUGUGUCCUUAUAUGGUAACCGUGAAAGAAUUGUGAACAUUGUGUCAUAUCACCUUGGUCUAAGACCAUCUGACACUUGCUGGCUCGGCGAGGUAAAGGAAUGGAUACACGGCAGCUUUAAUGUCUGCAUUCCAGUCUAUAUCCGCAGACCAAAUCAACCCCCGGGGAAGUGUGCUCUCAUUAGGCUUCCUUUGCCAUACAAGAUUGGAGAAUUGGAGAACCCCGAAAAUAUGGACGAAAAGAUUCAAUGUGAAGCGGCAACUUUCAUUUGGAUGCAAGAACACUGCCCUGAAGUCCCAAUCCCCCAGCUGCAUGGAUUUGGCCUUGCUGAUGCACACAGCUUAUAUGAGCCUAAUUUAUUAAUACCAACGAGCCACUUUGAAGCUAAUGAAAUUAAUUCGGUUCACGACGCCUGA